AAUUUUUCGUUGUCAAGGAAAGCCAAGAUGGCGGAUAAACAAGAUCUUGGAAAGGCUUUCAUGUCUUACAAACAACCACGUUGCUGAGAAAAGUAGUAAAACAUUUGAAUUAUAAGACUUUUAAAAAUGCGUGUUAAGAAACCGAAGCGACCAACAACACCUCCUUCGGAAGAUGAAGUCGAUGACAAUUUUGUUGUGGAUCCAGAUCAAAUUUUCGAUGAAUUGCCUCAACCAUUCCGACUUGUUGACAAAACUUUGAGGCAAAUUUUCGACGCUGCUUGGGAGCGUAUUGAAUGCAUUGAAGAACGAAAGGCAUUGAAGCGCUCCAAAGCGGUAUUGCCACUGUUUGACCUUGCAAAACAGCUGUCUGAGUACAACGGGACGACUUGCAUUUGCACGGCCGCCGAAGGAAAUUACUUGUUUAUUUCUAAUACUAAUAGAUUUUUAGUGGUAGACAGUUUGUUAGACACUAUAGUUGCUUCCUACGAAGAAUUAGAAGAUAACACUGUACAAAUGUCAGCCUGCUGCCUACAGGAAGGAUGUUUUCUGAUUUCAACCUUGGAUGAUGUAGGAUGUGCCAAGCUCUUCUGUUUCACUGGAGAUAAGGUUCAUCUCAUAAGAACAUUCAAUGAGCCGGAAGGUAUAAGCAAGCAGGCCAUGGUAACCCUUGUUGACAUAAGUCAAGAUGGGGGAUACAUUGGAGUUGGGUGGAAAGUUCCAAUGAAAGAGAGUUGGGUGGAAAUCUAUAAAAUUCCCAGAGAGACAUGGAUCAAGGAAUUGGAAACAGCCAUGGCAGCUGCAGUUCGCUCAAGGAAACCAACAUUAGCAGAAUCAUCCGCACCAGAUUUGGAGGAAAUUGCUGCAGCAGAACAGCUCCUUAAAUCCACUGAGGAUCAAGAGCCACCUGAAGGAACGUCACCUUCAGGGUCAAGACCAAGCUCAGCUCAGGCAGGACAGCAUCAACCUGGCCUGUCAGUUAUCUCCUUCACCAAACCAGCAGCUGUAUUACGAGUGCGACCCCCUGCUCCAGUGGGCCCUUGUGCAGCCACUAACUGUUCAGCAGCCUUGAAAGCUACUGAUGCAGAGGGUAAUGUCAUUGGUACUGGUUCAAGCCAUGUGCUAAUGACGCAGUUUUUUGAGAAUUAUGACAAAGCAUUCCAGCAGCUUCACAAGGAGGAGUUGAAAUAUCUGAACAUUGAUGACCAGGAUUUGACAAGCUUCCCAAGAUUACACUUCUUGGCACCUAGCAGGUUAAUUCCUUCAGGAUUGGAGUCUACACCUAGUAAAGUUAACUCCUUAGCAGUGUGGUGGUCAGGAGGUACUCAGUUAUAUAUGUAUUCACUUGUCAAGAAUGCUAAAGAUCUUGAACACAAGCCAGACAUAGUAUGGCCUCACUCAGAAAAGAUUAUCAUUAGUGCAGUCAGUGAAUGUGGCUGCUUUAUGGCUUUGGGUCUCAACACAGGAACUGUUGUUGUUUGGGAUGUCUAUAGAGGCACUCUUUUGAGGGUCUGUCCCAUCACUGAGAAAGGAAGAAUACUUGUCCUGUGCUUUUUGACAAGCAAUGAAGGCCUCAUCACAACGCAGGGUAAUGAUUUAUCGCCAUCAUCAGCAUCAUCUUGUGCCAAUCUCAUUGUAAGCUGUGAUGAUGGGACAUUCUGUCUCCUGCAAUGUGGAGUUGCUCUGUCACACUCAGCUAAACCCCUCGAGGACAGAUCUGCAGUAGACAAGGAGGUCAUUACCAAUGUUGUCAAUAUGUCUCAGACACCACAAGUGGUUGCUGCUGUUGUAAUGAGUGGACGAAUUACUAUGUACGAUGUUUGUAGCUGUACAGCAAUAUGUCAUGUUGGGCUGCCCGAGUCUUAUCUGCUCUCACCACAGCUGCCAUGUAUCUGUGCUAACGGCAAGGUCUUAAUUUUGAUUGGUGCGCAAAGUAAUGGAGAGAAUCAAGAAGCGUUGAACAGAGAGACAACAGUGCCGUUUUCUUACAAUCUGCAACUCUUCCCUACCCUGAAAAAAUACUGGAGAGAAGAUGUAACCUCUGAGGUGUCGCCUCCAAAGCAAACUGAUACUAUCGAAGCAAGGCUACAUUCUCUCAUCCAGGGAAGACUUGUUAGCCAAGAAGACAGGCAGAUGAGACUUCAACAGCGAUGGGCUCAGUAUCAAACUGAGCUGAAGAAUAUCCACAACAACAAGACGAGGAGAAAUUACUCCACAUGGCUGACGGCAAAAUCUGUGAGUGUUACAUGAGGACAUCACGUGAGGACAUUACAUGAGGACAUUACAUGAGGACGUUAUCAGGGGGAAUAGAUAGCUUUUGCAAUCUUGAUCGUUGUCACAGUACCGUGACAUUCUCAGAAAUUUCACUUGUGUGCGAAUUGCAGUGUAAGCUGGCCAACAGAAUUUUAUAUCUCUGACAGAAAGGAAUUUGAGAAAGUUCCAUGACAAAACUAUGCACAGUAAGUGCGAGAAAAAUAGAUAAAUACUCAGGACGCAAAAUUUAUGCAGGACAAUGUGAGAAGUGUUUACUAGAAUAUAGUAGUUACUUAUUUCUGUUCCACCACACAAACUUUCAUGACACAUAUAUAUAUAUAUAUAAAUUAAAAACUGUGUACCACAUUCUUUUAGCUUUGUUUCGAAGAUUGCAAGGUCAUGGAAUAACAUUGGUCUCAUUUGAACUUUCGUAGAAUGUGUUCACUCUGUGAUGUUACAGGGUAAAUUUAUUACGCGGAUGGUUUCGACCAAAUAAACAUGAUGACUCUACAGUUUGACGAAAGAACGUUUUAAAUUUCGAACUUGAUGUUUUAACCAGAGAUUUGAAGAGAGGAAACUGGAGUCAAACAGGAAAUGUUCUGCUGCAAUUUAUUCCGACGGAUGUAACGAACCAUUAUUUAAUCCGGUGCACAUUUUCAGAACACAGCAGCUUAACUUAGGUAAAGAUACAAUUGAAAAUGUGUGAUUCAAACAUCGUUUUGUUGAUUUAUGAUAACUCUUACGUUCUAUUUCUGUCAAGAUAAUAUCAUUGAUGAAGUUAGGGACCUUCGUAUUGCGUCAGAGCCUGCGUCGGACUUCAGACCCGUUCGUUGCUCCAUACUGGAAAAUGUAAUAUGUUAGACAGUUGUUCAAAACAGUUAGGGAUCGAGAAGUUAAUUAACUGGUGGUGUAAUUAAAAAAAAUUGUUAUAAUUUUUUUUCUCUAAUAUGAGUAUAUAGGAAUUUAA